UAUUCAUUAUGCAUAUAUGAACUGAUAGUAAACUCUUUUAAAUAAUAAUUGCAUGAUACAGGUUAGAUUCGCUCUUAGAGACACUGAAAUAUGCGAAACCAAACUGAAUGCCUUCGUUCCAGCAAAGAAAAUUGUUACGGGUGAGCUCAUCGAUGAAUGGUUUCUAGUUGUAGGAACAGAUGGCCCUCAUACUGCAAUUAAAUUGCAAAUCAAAUUCACUCCGUGCGAAAUAAAUCCUAUCUACUCGAGUGGCAUCUCAGAAAAUUUUGCAGUUGAGCGAAGCUAUUUUCCAAUGCGGCACGGAGGAAAAUUGACGCUCUAUCAAGACGCGCAUGUGAUUGAUGGAAUGCUACCCGAAAUUAAAUUGGAAGAUGGGAGAAAUUUCGAGCACGAAAAGUGUUGGGAGGAUAUAUGCCACUCGAUAUCAGAGGCGCUUCAUUUGGUAUAUAUUGUAGGGUGGUCGGUUUAUCAUAAGGUAAAGUUGGUGAGGGAGCCUAGUAAACAAUUGCCGAAUGGUGGGGACUUGAAUUUGGGGGAGCUGCUCAAGUACAAGGCUCAACAGGGGGUGAGAGUUGCACUUCUGGUUUGGAAUGACAGGACUUCAUGUGACAAUUGUUUUAUUAAAACGGUAAGAACUGUUUAUGAAUUGUUACAUUGUUGCAGUGUGUACAUGUUGUAG